AGCCAGCCAGCCAGCCACAGCCCGUCCGCCUGCCGUCCCCCGCGCCGCGCUUCGCAUCGCUUCGCCGCGACAGCGGGUAUAUACUCCACUGUCAGUGGCUGGUGGAACGUGUCGAAGUCGCGUCGCGUGGUGUGGAGGUGCGGUGCUCGCGUUCGAACCCCGUCCGUGCCGUCGCGGCCCGCGCAAGUCCUCUCGGCCUGUCCUGCCGUGGCCCCCGCAGACUCCAUCCUCUCUGAGUCACCACACCAGAGCGCCUUGCAUUUGGAGGUUAGCCGCGUCGCGCGCCCCUACACGCCAAGAUGAACAGUGCGUACUUGGACGCGGGGACCACCCCCAACUACUCGUACGUGUUCAACUUCGAAGAGGAGUUCGUGCACCAGGACACGCGCGUCUGGAUGUCCAAGAACUGGACGUAUGGCUUCUACUACGUGGGGAUCUACAUGGUGCUCAUUUUCGGCGGCCAGUGGUACAUGCAGAGCCGCCCCCGCUUCCAGCUCGCGGGCAUCCUGUGCGUCUGGAACACGGCGCUCGCCCUCUUCAGCAUCUGCGGCGCGACGCGCACCGCCCCGGAGCUGUUCCACGUCCUGAAGAACCACGGCCUGUACCACUCCAUCUGUGUGCCCAGUUUCAUUGAACAGGAUCGUGUGUCAGGCUUCUGGACGUGGAUGUUCGUUCUCUCAAAACUUCCGGAGCUUGGUGACACUGUCUUCAUUGUCCUGCGGAAACAGCCUCUUAUCUUCCUCCAUUGGUACCACCACAUCACUGUCCUUCUGUACUCUUGGUAUUCGUACACUGAGUACACAGCAUCAGCUCGCUGGUUCAUCGUUAUGAACUACUGUGUUCAUUCUGUUAUGUACUCCUACUAUGCUCUUAAGUCCAUGAAGUACAGCCCUCCACGUCCCUUUGCUAUGCUCAUCACAGCUCUCCAGCUGACUCAGAUGAUCGUUGGAUGUUGUGUCAAUGUAUGGGCAUAUCAGUAUCUCAAGGCUGGCCAAGGCUGUCACAUUUCCUCUUUUAAUAUUAAGCUAUCCAUUGCCAUGUACUUUAGUUACUUUGUCUUGUUUGCAAGGUUCUUCCAGAAGGCCUACCUGAGUAGUGAUAAGAAAUCAAAGGGAAGGGAGCGUAUUACCACUAAUGGUGUAGCCCCUUCAAUGAAAGAAAAGGCACUUUGAUGUGCUUGUUUGGUUACAGCUAUUUUCUUUUACCAAAUUUUGUAUUUCUUGAAUUGGAACAAGAUAAUGAAGUCUAGAGCACGAGUGUGAUGCAUCUUUUAAGCAAAUCACAAUCUAGUCAUAGCAGGUCAUUUUAACUAACUGCAAAAUUAGGCUUGUUAUUUUUAAGUGCAAAGCACUCAGUUUGGCUUUUUAUGACAGUGUCAUGGAGACCAUUAGCUUUUCCAAUUUCACUCCCCAGUUUGAAAAUAUUAGAAGUAUUAUGGUUAGUUCAACACAUCUUGAUUCACAUCUUCUCUGAACUACAUUGCAGUUGUCAAUCUUCAACCUCAAUUAGGUCGGAACCAUGUAAUUUUGUUUUAAUGAUUUCCUUUGGUGUGAUGUCUGCUGUCUGGAAAUUAAUUAAUUUAAGUAUUUAUGGCUCCAUUUUCUGAAUGGUACCACAGUACCUGUAAUGGAUCUAGUUAAUGGAGGUGUUUGCACCAAAAAUAAGUAGUGUUUUGUAAGAAUUUUUUGAUCUUUGUUUGGUCAUGUUUUGUAGAUGUUCUUCCCAUUCUUGCGAAUUUCCUGAGUGUUCAUGGUUGUUGUAAGGCUGGAAGCAUUUAGGUGGUAUCUUUCUUUUGAAGAAUUGUGUAGAACUUAUCACUCUAUAUUUUUGAAGUGACAGUUUGUUCUGUCUCUCUUGAAGGCAAUUCUUUAUCUUGCCAAGUACAUAAACUAAGUUUGCUGUGCCGUUGGUAAUUUUUUAAGCAAGAAACUUGCUGUUAAAAAGUGUGCUUCUUUAAAUUUUAUUUACAAGACUUUAUUUUUCUCCAAGCUUCAAGACUUUUGUCAGUGUUUUUCUUAUCUAUAUUGUUUUGCACAAAUUUUCUGGCACUCCUGUGUUCAAAUGCUUGACUUGUACCCAUUGUUUAUUCACCUUUCUUUUUGGGUGUAUUUUCAGUGGAACUACAGUAAUCAUAUUUCUGUGGGAAGAAAAAUAUACUCUUCCCCCGUAUGCAUUUUUUAAAGUUGACCUCUUUACCUCAAAGUAAGAAAAUAGACCAGUCAUUGUUACGUCUGUGGGAGAUUUUGUCUUGUUACUGGUAAUCAUUCAUUGCAUUUUAUUGGCAUUCCAUUUGAAUAUUUUGUCUUAUCAGUGAGAUGGUAUUCUAGUAGAGGACCAUGGGUCCCUACUGGUGUAUUAUUUAUCUCCUGUUUUUAUUUUGUUGGUUUGCUGGUGCAGGAAUGUGUUGUAAGUGAUUAUCUCACUCUUCCAAAUAUUUUUAAGAGAGCUUCUUACUUUCAAACUCUACUAGUUUUGGCUUGGAUUGUGAAGGAAAGGAUAAAAUCUCAAGGAUAUUGCCAUUUGGCCUACAUUUGCACUCAACAAUUAAGUACAAAUGACUGGAAAGGAGUGAUGUGAAACUUUGAAACCAUUUGGAACUAUUUUUAAGGAUUUCCAUUUGUUAGGAGCAUUACGUAGUCGUCUAUUUUUCUGGCUAUUAUCAAUUAUGCUUCUGUCAUACCUGCUUAUAAUCACAGGUAUUGCUCAAAUGUAAAGCUUUGUGAUUCUGUAGGUCUUAAAAUAACUCAAGUGUGCUUUAGACAUCCCUCCUGAGACUGUGAUGAAUAUUUUUAUUGGGUCUCUUCUAACUCGAUGUCUUGAAAAUUAGGUCAUUUUUCUAAUUUCAUCUUAUUUCUUGGAAACAUUUAAACCAUUUGACUUUCUUGAAAUGCUUCUAAUUAAAAUUAAAAUAUGUAAGUAGUUUAGUUUAAUUUAGUCCUAGCAAUCAAGUUGUUUUAUUUAAAAUUGACAAAAUUGAUGCUUAUGGAAUAUUUAAGGCCUUUAAUCUUAUGUGAAGUAUUAUGUGUAAGAGCUUAAAGCUGUUAUUGUCAUAAAGCAGUUUCUUUUUCCUUUCUCUGUGAUAAAAUGCUUGUACUGAGAGAUGGGGUGGAUGAAUGUACACUCUGUAAGGUUUUCUCCAAUUUGCCAAUGUGUAUUGCCAAUAAACAUGGGAGUAAAUGGACCUCCUACUGUUCGGCAUAAGUAUGGAAAAGCAUGUUCAGCUGUGAGUCCGGUUUUUAAGCAAGUUUUUCUGAGUGAAUUGCAAAUGUCUUAGCAACUUUUACCAGUGGUUGUAUUUUUAUUACUUUACAUCCUGCCUGAUAUGUUAUGUUUUUUUUUAAACAACAGAAGACGUUGUACAGUAAUGUAUGUCCUCAAUCCUCGUUCAUUCUGGGGUGAUGCAAUUAUUUAACAAUUUUGUAACUUGUUAUUGUGUUAAAGAAUCAAGGUGAUUGUUUUGUCAUGUUUUUGUUUGCUUGCAAAGACUCAACUCAUUGUUAUCUUUCCCUUGGCAGAAAUUCAACCAAGACUAAAUUAAUAAAAAAAUGAAAGUACCCAGUUUUA